AUGCGUGUGAUUGUGGUGCUUUGUCUGAUUGCUGUUGCUGCUGCUCAAUACGAAUAUGCCGCCAAUACGCAGCCACAAGUGGGUGCCGCUCAACUCUCCCAACCCAUUCAGCCAGUCAGCGAAUUCAAUAAGGAAUACUACACUUACUCAGCACCCGAACAUGAAUUCAAUGAUGCCGGCUCCGCUGACAAUAUCGGCAAUGCAUUGAAGAAGAACUUGCGUGUCAUCUUCGUUAAGGGACCCGAGAACACCGGACUCGAAAAUGCUGCUUUGCAAUUGGCUAAAUCGGCUGGCGAAGAACGCACUGCCAUCUAUGUGUUGACCAAGCAAGCUGAUAUCGGUGAUUUGGCCAACAAAUUGAACUCGGUACAGAGCACCGGCAGCAAACCAGAAGUACACUUUGUCAAAUACCGCACCCCAGCCGAUGCUGAGAAUGCCAAGCAAGCUAUCCAAUCGCAAUAUGACUCGUUGCCUGGUGCUUCAAGCAAUCACAAUGCCGGUUCAGCGCCUGUUUUGGACUUCGCCAGCAAAGCAGCUCCAGUUGCCGCUCCAGCUCCAGCUCCAUUGGCCGCAGCCGCACCCGCACCCGCUGCCCCCGCCAACACCUACAUUCCACCACAAGCACAAGCGUAUUUGCCACCCGGCAGAAGGUUCUAA